AUGGGCAACAAUCAACAUCAACCCCCAGAGCGGGCCUUCUGUGACCUGUCCUCUCCGGGGCAGGAGGGCAUCAGGGUGGUCCAGCUCUACCUGAUGCCGGCCUUCUUCCUGGGGGUGUUGAUACUGGGUCUGCCCCUCAACCUGCUCUCUCUCUGGAUCUUCUUCCAACGCCUGAAACGCUGGUCCAGGAGUAGUGUCCUGCUCUUCAACCUGGCCCUGGCUGACACCUUUUGGCUGCUGGCUCUACCCUUCCUCAUUCACUACCACUUAAACGGUCUCCACUGGGGUCUGGGUGUGUCGCUCUGCAAGACCCUUCGGUUGCUCUACCACAACUACUUCUACCUCAGCAUCUUCUUCGUUUCCUGCGUUAGCGUGGACCGCUAUCUCGCCAUCGUCCACCCGCUGCGCUCUGUGGUGUUACUCGGCCGCCGGCAGACCUGUUUCCUCUGUGCCGUUAUCUGGGCGAUUUCCAUGGUGAUAAGUGUCCCUGUAGCUCACAUGACUUUGCUACAACAUUGCCCCGGAGACAAUAAUCGUACCGUGUGUACCCUGUAUAUGUUACUGGACGACACUGAGGAGAGCCUACCCUACUCAAUCUGCUGUACCACCAUCGGCUUCCUCUUCCCUCUAUACUCCAUAUGUUACUGUUGCCUCCGCAGCAUCAGGGAGCUGCGCCUCCGCAGCCGCCGGCCACAGGUCCACCUCCACAAAAACAAGGGGCGACGUCUCCGUCUGACCCGCGUGUUGACCGCCGUGCUGACCCUCUUUGCCCUGUUCUACCUGCCCUACCACCUAAGCAGGAACGCGGCCAUCGUGAUGCAUGCCAUGUACCUGGGUAGGCCGGCGUUCUGGCAGCCCGUAGACCUGGCAUUCUGCCUGGAGAUCUGUCUAUGUAGCCUGAAUACCUGUGUCAACCCACUGUUUACUUGCUUCGUGGGACGGCAGUUUAGAAAGGAGUUCCAGGAUACCUUUGGGUUCGCUUGGCUGCAGCUUUGGAAGUGUCAACGACAGCAAUCAGCGGUGAAUCAUGUGACGUCAGUAACAGGGUUGUUUGAGAGAAAGAGGAACCAGAGGACCAUAGGGCAUGAGAGAGAGGGGCAUGGUGGCCAGGGUUUGGCUGCUGUCACUCCACUGUGAAUGCUGAAGGAUCAGACCAUGGUAAAUUACCAUCUCAAUUAUUUAAAAAAUCCAUCCUCUCCCCAUCGCCUCCCUUGAUUGGAAAAGACUUGGCGGGGGGAGGGGGGGUUGUCUUUAUAGCAGCUGGACCACACAGAUGAUCAGAUCUCAGACACAAUGCCUGAGGAAGUUCUUUACAUCUUAAAAAUCACAGCAACAAGCCUGUCUGUGGGUGGUUGUCUGUAUGUUACAGCAACGAACCUGUCUGAGGGUGGUUGUCUUCCUUACUUUAUUUUGUACUGGGCAUGGAAUUGGUAUGCAUGUCACUUUUAGGUAGUCCUGAGGCAUGGUCCUAGGGCUCAGG